AUGGAUAAUCCAGUUACUCAGAUUGAAGAUGUCGUUCGAUCAAUCACUGAGCCCUACAGUGCAAGGGUGAUUGCCGAUAACAUUGAAAAAUACUUUACUCGUGAUGCCCAACUCAUUCAUCCAACUAUAAAUCAACCCUAUAACUUGACAGAACAUGUUACCGCUCGAAGUCCAAUCAUUCGAUGCUUCUCUAAAGGUGGAACAGUAAGACUAAUCGUCAAGAUUUCAAUGAAGAAAUGUGAAGAUGGAAAAUACAGAAUCUAUCGUCAAGAAGAUAAUGCACCUACUGAUCUUACAAGAGGUGGUUGGCCAAUCGCUUCUAUUCCUGGACUUUCACUCAUCAAUGAUCUUGUAAAAGGUACAGCUGGUUUUAUGAUUGCUAAGUUAGUGAUCACACACCUAACUUGGUAUAAGUCCCUCGGAGUCGGAGCUUGCGGACUAAGUCCCACCCCGCUGUACUCCGCUGUUGGGCUUUAA